AUGUUAUUGUGCCAGCGUGCCCUUGUUGGACCUAUAAAGCCUGAAACACAGAAGAAAGGUCAGCAAGAUCUCCAGCAGUUUAACGGCAUUAAGCGGUUUGACUUGGAGCAUUCGUGUUCUUUUGGAGCUCUCCUUUUAGAUGAGGAGAGGGGGCGGCUAUUUGUUGGAGCUCGUAACUUUCUGUUAUCUCUCAGUCUCGACAACAUCAGCAAACAGGAACAGAAGAUCUACUGGCCAGCGCCUGUUGAUUGGAGAGAAGAGUGCAACUGGGCUGGGAAAGACAUCAAUACGGACUGCGUAAACUAUGUGAAAGUGCUACACCACUACAAUCGGACUCACUUGUAUGCCUGUGGGACAGGGGCUUUCCACCCCACCUGUGCUUAUGUGGAGGUGGGACAGAAAAUAGAGGAUCAUGUGUUUAAAAUCGACCCCUCUAUGGUAGAAGAUGGAAAAGGAAAGAGUCCGUAUGACCCACGCCACACAUCAGCAUCUGUUCUAAUUGGUGAUGAGCUUUAUGCAGGCGUGGCCACUGAUUUAAUGGGGCGGGACUUUACAAUCUUUCGCAGCAUGGGACGAAGGCCCUCCAUACGAACAGAACAGCAUGAUUCUCGCUGGCUCAAUGAGCCCAAGUUUAUAGCGGCAGUUGGUGUUCCAGAGAGUGAGAAUCCUGAUGAUGAUAAAGUCUUCUUCUUCUUCAGAGAAACUGCUGUAGAAGCUCAGGGAUUUGGGAAGGUUACAUAUUCCCGGAUUGGUCAGCUGUGCAGGAACGAUAUGGGAGGACAGCGCAGCCUAGUAAAUAAGUGGACGACAUUUCUAAAGGCUCGUCUUGUGUGUUCUGUACCAGGCAACGAUGGCACUGAAACACAUUUUGAUGAACUUAGGGAUGUGUUCCUGCUGCAGACCCGUGACCGAAAGAACCCGCUGAUCUACACCGUCUUUACCACCUCAAGCAGCGUAUUUCAAGGUUCUGCAGUUUGUCUCUACACCAUGAAUGACAUUCGCCGGGCAUUUUUAGGACCUUUUGCCCAUAAAGAGGGACCCAAUUAUCAAUGGGUUCCAUUCCAGGGUAAAGUGCCGUAUCCACGGCCAGGCAUGUGUCCCAGUAAAACCUUCGGGAGUUUUGAGUCCACUAAAGGUUUCCCUGAUAACGUAAUCCAGUUUGCAAGGCACCAUCCAUUAAUGUUUAAUCCAGUCACUCCACUGGGAGGCCGGCCGCUGUUCCUGCGCACUGGAAUACCAUACACCUUCACUCAGAUUACUGUAGACCGGGUCAACGCAGCUGAUGGACACUACGAUGUAAUGUUCAUCGGCACAGAUAUCGGCUCUGUGCUGAAGGUGAUCUCUGUGCCCAAGGGAAGCUGGAGUAACACAGAGCUUCUGCUAGAGGAGCUUCAGGUCUUUAAGGAUUCUUCAUCUAUUAUCAGUAUGCAGAUUUCCUCUAAACGGCAACAGCUGUAUGUUGGCUCAGACACAGGUGUUGUCCAGGUGCCUCUGCACCGCUGCAGUAUGUACGGUAAAGCUUGUGCCGAGUGCUGCCUGGCUCGAGAUCCAUACUGUGCCUGGGACGGACACACCUGCACACGCUACCUGCCAAACACAAAACGGAGGUUCCGGCGUCAGGAUGUGAGGAAUGGGGAUCCUAAUGCACUCUGCUCAGGAGACCAUCAGAAGCAGCGUGUUCUGGAGAAGAGGCUGUAUGCUGUGGAUGGAAGCAGCUCCUUCCUGGAAUGCAACCCGAAAUCAUUACAGGCCCAGAUUACAUGGACCUAUCAGAGGCACCCGGAAAACUCACGGGAGGAGGUUCGUUUAGAUGACCGUGUUUUGCAGACUGAGCGAGGCCUGUUGCUAAGGCGAGCCGUGCGUAGAGACAGCGGUGUGUAUCAGUGUCACGCAAUGGAACACGGAUUCACCCAGACCAUCCUCGUGAUCACGUUGGAGAUUUUGCCUUUGGCUGGCUCCGCCCCUUCAGCUCCUAUCCCUCGCAGCCCCGCCCACUCCCACGCCAAUCACGGGCAGUCUACCAAUCAAAAGCUGUGGUACAGGGACUUCAUGCAGUUGGUGGAUCACCCAAACUUAAACACGGUCGACCAGAUCUGCGAGCAGGUUUGGUCACUCAAGCACAGUCUUUCAGGGAAGAGCUCUCCAGAUACAGCCAAUGAGGCACCGGUUCACGACCCGCUGCACUCUAAAAAGUGGAAGCACCUGAAGGAAGUGAGGAAAGGGCGAAAUCGCAGAACGCAUGAUGGGAGACCCGCCCCCAGAGCGCCGCGGAGCGCGGCAGAGUAGCGAG